GUUCAACCCUCUCUUAACACCCAUGUGCUCAAUUGUCCUUCGGACCUGCUCAGGUUCAACCAUGGGAGAAUUAGAAAUAAGUUCAAUCCCCCUUUGAAAGCGAAAUCACUUAAUCCAGGCACAUCGCACUUCUUUCAUCCCAAAUACCCCCAACGUCUCCGCCAUGCCUCCCCUUCCUCGACCCCGCCGCAUCGUCGGCGUAAGUCUGAAGAUGUACUUCGACCUCCAAAACACCCUCUCCUACGUCCGCGGCGUCCACCAGCUCGACGGCGAUGCUUGGAAUGCUCGCGUAGAUCUCUUCGUCAUCCCAGACUUCGUCACACUCAUGGAAACAGCCCGGAUCCUCGAAUCAUCGCACGUCAUGGUUGGAGCACAAGACACUUUCUGGGAAGACAAGGGCGCGUACACUGGCGAGGUCUCUCCUACAGUGAUAGCGCAGGCCGGCGCGAGGAUUGUAGAGAUUGGCCAUGCGGAGCGGAGAGCGCACUUUGGCGAGACGGACGAAUGGGUUGCGAAGAAGGCAGGCGCCGCUGCCAGGAAUGGCCUGAUACCCUUGGUGUGCAUAGGAGAGAAAACGCAUCACAGCAUCGCGUCAGCCGCAGUGGGAGCAGCGGUGGAAGAGUGCAAACCACAGGUAACCUCUGUACUAGCAGCGGUACCGGACGAUGUUGAGGUUAUCCUCGCAUAUGAACCAGUUUGGGCAAUUGGUGCUGCUCAGCCAGCCGACCCCGAUCAUGUCGUCAAUGUCACAAAAGAGCUGAGGAAGCUGGCUUCAAACCGAAGCGGUGUCACAAGAAUCGUCUACGGCGGAAGUGCUGGACCAGGUACAUUCGCAAAGAUCUCAGAAGGUGUCGACGGCCUCUUCCUCGGCCGCUUCGCCCACGACAUACAUAAUUUGAAGAAGGUUAUCGAGGAGGUGGGUGCAUAAGAACAUGUAGUAUAUGAAUAGCAUAUAAUUUUCCAAGUGGGUAACUCCUUAUUGGCGCAGGGAGCAGAAGGCACACGCGGGGAAUUUGCCCUUAUAGCCGAUAUGAUGAUAUAUAUAUAAGUGAUGAAUACGCUCCGUCUGUUCGAUGAGUCUAUUAUUUUCGACGAGGACUAUAGCCCUAUCGUAAUCAUUGCUAAAAGGCGUAAAAUCUCUAUAUGACAUUAUUAGAACUUAGGUAGUUUCGAUAUCGGACAAGAAGCACUUACAUAUCGGAACCAAAGGCAAAGCAAU